GAGAGCUGAGGGCUGCCGAGACUAUUCGUCCAAUUCAAUGGGGCCUGUCGGGAGAGUUGCGACCAUAACUUCACACCCCACUUGCGGCGAACAAGGACAGCCAGGGUGUUGUAUACUGUUAACUUGAAAUCACUUCCCAUGGUUCCCAUGGUUUCCAGGCUACAUAGUCGAGUUGCUGCCGAUCCCGCCUCUGUGCUUGGACUGCUUCUUUCAUUCACCCUUGAGUCCUAGAAGCCACGAAGGACAGGCAUAAAAACCACGCUACCUUAAUCAUGGCAGCCAACGACAUCAAGCACAACACAACAACGUCUGGCCGCUGGAUGCUCGUGUCUCAGAAUGGCUUUGACGAGAGCCUCCAGUACGACGACUCGUACUCGCCCACCGAGGCCGAUCUGGGGCCCGAGGACGUCCUGGUCGAAGUCCAUGCGGCCUCGCUCAACUAUCGCGACAUUGCCAUCGCCAAGGCCGGAAAAGUGGCAAUGCCUCUUCCCAUCACACCCAAUGUUACCCCCGGCUCGGACGGCGCCGGCAAGAUCCUCGCCCUCGGAUCCGACGUGGCCCGGCUCUGCCCAUCCCUUGUCCAGGCCAACGGCAAGGGCGGCAUCGGGCAGGACGUCGUGACGCACCUCGCCCCGCACACCGGUUCCGGCUCCGAGGACGCCGACGCGGCGAUGCCCGGCUUCGAGGACAUCGGCUCCGGCCUGGGCCAGAAGGAGCACGGCACCCUGUGCCGGCGCGGCGUGUUCCACUACUCCGCGCUGCUGCCUAUGCCCGCUGGGCUCGGGUACGAGGCGGCGGCGAGCUUGACGUGCAGCGGGCUCACGGCGUGGAAUGCGCUGAUGGGCGUCGAGGGCAGGAAGGUAAAGAAGGGGGAUUGGGUCUUGGUCCAGGGGACGGGCGGAGUCAGCAUCGCUUCUCUGCAGAUCGCAAAAGCCGCGGGUGCAAACGUCGUGGCAACCACCUCAUCGCCAUCCAAAGCCGCUCGCCUCAAGCGCCUCGGCGCCGCACACGUCAUAAACUACCGGGAGACACCAGACUGGGGCCUCGCGGCGCGCGAGCACACGCCCAAGGACGACGCCAGAGGAGGCGGCAAGCCCAGGGGUUUCGACCACGUCGUCGACGUCGGCGGGGCCCUGACGGCACCGCAGAGCCUCCAGGCCGUGCGGCGCGACGGUCUCGUCACGAUCGCGGGCGUGCUGGGCGCCGCCGGGGAUGCGCCGCCCGAGCCCGUGGACAUCAUGGCGGCCAUGUGGUCGAUCUGCAUGGUCCGCGGCAUCGUGCUGGGGUCGCGGGCCAUGUUUGCGGAUCUGCUUGCCUUUGUGGCCGAGCACAAGGUGGGUGUUGCGCUUGAUGACGAGGACCAGUGGUUUGGGUUCGAUCGGGUCAAGGAGGCGUACGCAAGGCUUUCGCGGCAGGAGCACUUUGCCAAGGUUGUCAUACAGAUCAAGUAGGUAUUCACAGAGGUUCAAAGAUCCGGGGGGGGGGGGGCAAAAUGGUGGAAAGGUUCUUGAAUUGAAGCGAAGUGUGAUGCAAGCAUCAUCGGGGGUAUCUUGAGAAAAAAAGGUCUGUACUAAAGGUUGAGAA